AUGAUAGCAAGUCCGAAACGUUCAACAAUAUCAUCGUCGUCUUCAAGCUUAACCGAUCUACUUCAAAAGUUAUACGGAACUAUCACCAAUCUUAAGUGUAAUCACGAAAACGAGCUUGGACAGUUAACUAAACGAAUCAGCGAACUGGAAGAUGAAAACAAACGUCUACACGCUCUGCAUGAGCAACAUCCACAUUCGAUUUUCGAUAUUGACUAUAUACCUGCUGAUUCGUCGGUAGCUGAUCAUUUGCGAAGAGAUCUCGCAAAAGCGCAAGAUCAGAUUAAUGCUUUACAAGCUACACUCAACGAGAAAUGUUCGGAAUAUGAAGACAUGAAAUCGAAAUACAAUUUACAACUUUUCAUGAACAAGAAUAACGUUGGCCAACAGAAUUCCUCAUCGGAUUCAGGUAAAUCCAAGGACUUAGAAAUGAAAUUUAAGCAAGUCAAAGAGCAAAUUGAUCAAUUUGAUCAAUGUCAUUACGAAAGUGAAGAACAAAUUCGUCUUUUGAAACAAAUUCUUUUCAACAAUGAAUCGCAACAGAGUAAAAGUUCAUCGCAAAGUUUCUCAGUUAAACAAUCGGAUUUGUCGCAACAAACUAAUUAUGUGGAAAGUCUUUUAAACAAACAACAGGAAAAGAUUUUAAACAAACUCGAGGAGUUACUAAAUCAAAACCCUGAACUUAGCCAAUCAAUAACGACGAAACCUAGAAAAGGCAGAAAGAAACGAUUAUAA